GCGAGCCCCAUGCACGUGGAGAGUAUGGUCAACUGCAAGAUGGGCUCGCAGAAUGAUUCGGUCGAGGUUGAAAGCCUGCUGAUGAGCCCCUGCUGGAACCAAUCGACCGGCGUCACCGAUCAGUACCUGCUCGAUGGCCACAAGCUGCUGCUCGAGGCCGAGCUCGACUCGCUGCCGAGUGAUGGUGAAACGCAGAAAAGCUCGAUGGAUGUGCUCGAAAACCUGCUGCUCAAUUCGGCUGCCGCUAUCAGCAGUGCAGGCGUUACCGGCGGUCAUGGACCCUCCAACGGCCACCAUGGUGGUGGUGGAGGAGGAAGUGGAGGUGGUGGAGGAGUUGGUGGACUAGGCGGUGGUGAUGUGAAGCCCCUACCAUCGUUUACCUCGUUCAACACUGGCCACCUUUCGAUUAAUGGAAUCUCGGGCUACCACUACACGGCGAUCGCACAGCGCCUGCCUGAGGAGAACAACAAUUACACACAGAACUCGUACACGAACGGAGCCACGAGUGGGUCCGGACAUUUGGGAGGUGGCACUCCCAACGGGGGUACUCCUGGAGGAGGUCCUGGUCCUGGAACGGGCGUCGGAUCAACCGGCAGUGACAACAACAUCGUCUCCUCCACGUCGACCUGCCUACCCGAUUCGGUGCUCAAUCCGGACGGGCCGGGUGGGCCAGAUGGAGGUGGUGGAUGUAGUCUAGCCGAUGUGAAGCUGUUCUCGGACGGUUCGCUGGACGGAGCGAAGAUCUACAGUGCGCCCGCGGAUAGCUGCGUCAUGAAUGGAGCCGAUUCGGUGUCAGGAGCUCGGAUUUUCGUCGACACGAAGGAGCUGUCCGAGUACGACAUGAGCUCGAUCGAGGACAUCGCCGCCAUCAUUGGAUCGGCGAUCGCAGACACGACCGUGCCAAGCAGCAAGGUCGAAAAGGAGGACGGUAAUGACACACGUGACUCGUGGAUGGAUUUGGACGCGUGGAUUGAAGGCACGUGCACGGGUGUGCCGGAUGGGAAGCUGAUCGUGACGCAGCAGGACUCGCUCAGUGAGCUGAUCCUGCCGAGCUCACCAGUGCACACGUCCUCGGGUGGAUCGACCGGUUCAACGCUUCAGAGCUUACUGACGCACGGCUACAUGCCGCUGUUGCAGAACCGAUUGCAACACGGGCCGCCGAUCAAGCUGGAAGCACCCAGCUCGACGUCGUACUGCGGCGAGCUGAUCUCCACCUCCACUAGUCCACCCGGCGCGGUCGUUUCGACCUCCACCGAUAACCUCGUGCUUGGAGGCGGCCGAUACCUGCAGGGACAUCAUCACCAUCAUCACACGAACGGGCACCAUUUUGGGCUCGGUUCGAUGGGCACGGGUCUGGCCAAGCCGGACGGGCUUUGUAGCCCCGAGCUCGGGCUCGGCAACUACCCGCACACGACCACCACCACCUCGACGUCCGCGUCGAGUGCCAGCAACUCCCCGACGACACCAAAAAGCAAGCGACGAACCCACAAGCAACAGUCCAAGCAACAACCGGGCGCUCUCGGUCCGGCUUCGCUCUCCGCCCAGCAACAACACCAACCACACCACCAGCAACACCACCAGCAACAGCAGCAGCAGCAGCACCAACAGCAACACCAGCAACAGCAGCAACACCAACAACAACAACACCAACAACAACAGCAGCACCAGCAACACCAGCUCAAUGCCGCCCAAUCGCAGCAGGCCGCGGCACUCAGCUUCCAGGCGGCGAACGAUCUCAGCGGGCUCCUUGGCAAGGAGAAACCGGUGCACCGGUGCAACAUCUGCAACCGGGGUUUCCUCAACAAGAGCAACAUCAAGGUGCACCUGCGGACGCACACGGGUGAGAAGCCGUUCCGGUGUGAGGUCUGCGCCAAGGCGUUCCGUCAGAAGGCGCACCUGAUCAAGCACCAGCAGAUCCACAAGCGGAUUGGGCGCGAUUGA